GUCUCAUAUACCCCGUGAUCUCCAAAACAACAUAACAAAAGUGGAGGAAAACAUGGCGAGCGGAGAGGAGGCUACAAAACGUCCCUUGCUCACCUCCUCUUCGGUCGGCCUGGAGGACCUCUUCUCUUCCGGGACUUCGGAGCAGGCGGCCGGGGAGGGGAACCCGGAGCUCGAGCGCCUGCGGGAGCGUCUCCAAGCUUGGCUAUCGCAGUACGAGCCCCUGCUGCUGUGGGUGCAGAGGCUGCUGGUCUGGGAGAGGCCGCUCUAUAGCAUCUCAGCCGCCCUCACACUCAACACCCUAUUCUGGCUUCUGUCGUCCACCUCCCUGCGGCCCCUGUUCCUACUGAGUGUCUCCCUGCUGGGCCUGAUGCUGCUGGAGAGAUGGAAGCCCAAGUUGCCCAUCAUUACAGUCCAACAUGCUGAGGCCGAACCUUCACAAAGUUUGAGUACAGAGCACCAUCUGCUCAGCGUUCCUGAGCUCAGCCACCACCUCGCUGAAAGCUACCUGACAUGCUGCCUCUACCUUCAGGAGAUGCUGCAGUACAAACGCAGAAACCAUGGAAAGUUCUGCGUGAUGAUGUGCUGUGGCUGUUUUGUGCUCGCUUUGGUUGGACAUUAUGUGCCGGGAAUCAUGAUUUCAUACAUCAUAGCCCUCAGCGUGCUUCUGUGGCCCCUGGUAGUGUAUCAUGAGCUGAUUCAGAGGAUGUACACCGGCUUGGAGCCAAUCCUGAUGAAACUGGACUACACCAUGAAGGGCGAGACCGAGCAUCGCAAGCACGAUAAGAGGAAGGUAAAAAAAGAGGUGGAGGAAGGGGACGAGCCCAGAGCUGAAACAGAAAGUGAGAGCGAGGAAGAGGAGGAGGAGUUGUCCUGUUUUGCUACAACGGUGGAUAUGAAGACUACAGCUCUGGCGAUGGCCAUCACAGACUCUGAACUGUCUGAUGAAGAGGCAUCCAUACUGGAGAGUGGAGGGUUCCCAGUCUCUAGAGCCACCACACCUCAACUAGCCGAUUUCUCUGAAGACUUGGACCAACAGAGUUUCCACAGUGACCCAGAGGAGGCCUAUCUGCGGGAUCUUCCUGAGUUCCCCUCUGUUGACGAGUUUCCAUCCAUAGAGCCCAGUUUGCUCCACUUCCCCAUGCGGGGUCCAGGCCAUGGCGAUGGAGCCCAGGCUCAGUCGGAGAAGGAGCCGCUGAGCCCCGCCACCCUCCUCAUCCAGCACCUGGCCUCGCCUCUGCACUUUGUGAACACGCAUUUCAACGGACACGGGCAGCCGCCCGGCGGCGCGGAGAGCGCCCCGCCUGCUUCGGACGUAAAGGAGGAAGCGCAGAAGGAGGCGGCGGUGAGCCAGGGCACGCAGCGCUCCUUGGAGGCAUUGAGCGAGGAGAUAGUGAGCACGGCCAUAUCCACUGUCGUGCAGAACACUCUGUCGGCUCUGCUGCGCUCCAGCGAGGCCAGCGAGGAGCCCUCCCUGGCAGAGUUCCUCCCGACUGAAUCCUUACCGGGCGUUCUGGAAUCCUCCACCCAAUCAGCCGACACCGCUGACACUAUAGUAGGAGCCCUCGAUCCGGACAGAGACCUGGAAGAGGGGGUGACGACAACUGAAAGCGGUACAGGCGAAGAUCACCCGGAUGACACUCUAGUUCCAACCGAAGAAGAGGACUUUGAGCUUUUGGACCAAAGUGAACUGGAGCAGGUGGAUGAGGGCCUGGACAGAGCAGCUCCAGACGCACCGCAACAACCACAGUCAUAGCCCCUGGUGCCCGCCUUCCACCUGCUUUCUUUUUUUUUUAUCUGUACGUUAAACCUACAUCAUAUCCAUACAUAUAGAAAACAUGCAUUAACCCCAGAGUUUAAAAUAUUGGGGGGGUAAAGCUGAGGAGACUUGAGGUAAUCUGCUUCCACAUUUCAAGAUUUGUCUCAGACUUGGAAUAUUUCUUUGUUAGUCAGACAGCGUUCAGUAGAAGAAAACCUUACUGUACCUUUAAAGGGGACAUAUAAUCAUUCAUAGCUUCAUUGGUAGAAGUUACUUUGAUCCAUUGGGAUCUUUUAACCUGCAAAGGUAGGGUGGGUGCUGGAAAAAAAAACGCUUUUCUUUGGUUAAAAUAAAAAUAAAAUCAGUUGUGCAAAAAAAUUCCCAAAUUGAUCCCAAUUUUAAAAAUAUAUUAUUUGCCUGUAUGGCUAUAUUUAAGCCUGUAUGGUUUAAACCUUAUAUGGAAAAUUAAUAAAUCUGCAACCAAAGAAUCUGAUCUCAGCUAUUAAAAAAAAAAAAUCUUUUAGAAAUAUUCUGACCAAACAGUUAAAUAAAACAAAGAAGAUUAAAAAAAAGCCACUCACCCCGGGGAAUGAACUUUAGCAUACGUCCCACACUAAGCUAUCAAGCACAAAUGUGUCCCCUUAAAACACACGCAGUGUAAACGACCGAUGUGUUCGGUACAGUAGAAGAUUAGCUCCUCCUAAACUGGAAUGAAGGAUUAUGGAGGCGUGAGAUGUUAAGUUUGUGGCCCGAUAAAGUCUGCCAAACUUAUUACGGUAAUAAUGCCCCCGUCUCGGAAAUCAAUCCCAGUAGAGCUUUAUGAAAAGGUCAAAUGAUGGAUUUAGAUGUAAUAACCAUCGAUAUAUGCUAUAAAUUAUUUAAAUUAAAAGCCAGCUGGUUGAUAAAGAAAUCUUAGAGAAAGACUGAAGGUUUAUUUUUUAUCCUUUUGGCUACCGUAACGAUUGUAUAUAGUAGUUUUAACAACACGAUGUACAUCCAGGUGUAAAUUGUAGGAAAAUGUCACGAAUCCCUCUGUGAACCUUUUUUUUUUUUUUUUUUUAAGUUUCAAAAAGAAAGCAGCAGCUUUGACCUUAUUGGAUGUUAAG